UUUCUUCCUUCCCGACGGAAAACGAUAAUCCAAACGGGAUAAGUAUUGUUUGCUCAGAUUCUCAGAGAUUCAGAUUGAAAGACCCAUGACUCUGUUCCCGAUCUUAACCGCCUCGUUUCUCUUCCUCUUCUGCGCUCCGUUCACCACCGCAGCUCCAGACGGCGAUUUGCCGACGGCGUACACCCUCCUCCAAAGCUACAACUUCCCCGUCGGGAUUCUCCCCAAAGGAGUCUUGUCGUACGAUCUGGACGAAUCCACGGGGAAGUUCCACGCGUAUUUCGACAAGUCGUGUAGCUUCGCACUCCAAGGCUCUUACCAGUUGGAUUACAAAUCGACCAUCUCCGGCGUCAUAUCGGAGAACAAGAUCACGAAGCUCACCGGCGUGAAGGUGAAAGUUCUCUUCUUUUGGCUCAACAUCGUGGAGGUUAUCAGGGACGGAGACGAGCUCGAGUUCUCCGUCGGGAUCACGUCGGCGAACUUCGCGAUCGAGGAGUUUUACGAGUCGCCGCAGUGCGGGUGCGGGUUCGAUUGCGACGGGUUGAAGUCGAAAACGGAUAACUUGGGAAGAGACCAUUUUGUCUCUUCGGUCUGAAGGUUGCUUCUGCUUCAUUUGUAAUUUACGCAAAUGAUGGGACUUUCUUACAAAACCUGAACUCUUUGGAGGCUUUGGUUCUUGCUCCGAUCAUUGGACAAGUUCUUUGUUUCAACAAUUGGUUUAUUGUUCAUCUCUUCUUAGGAUCGUUCUAUCAAUCAACGUAUGUAUUGUACUUACAAUCAAUAAAAGUACAUUGAUGAAUGGUUUUGAGUGUUGCA